UGUGCGUAUCGCUGCCUUAACUUGAACUAUGGGUCGCAUGUUCGUGUGCGUCUAAUAAAUAUAUUUAAAAAUAAGCAUUUCGACAUACCGUCGUGGAAAUUAUGUGACACACACCACAACCAAAUACACCAGAUCCCAACAAGCACGUCCCAUUCAUUGGCGCGUUAAUAUUAAAAAGCCAUCCGAGUGCCAAAAGCAACGAAGCGAGCAAUAAUUGUGAUUAAUAACAACGAAACAAACGAAUUUCGACCGCAAAUUAGCCGCAUAAGGCCAUUCAAAUAGCAAUAGUCCAGCCAGGUGCACUCACUCACGGCACCCAAACGGUGAUUACCUCAUCUGUGUCAGCGCUCCGCCAGCAAAAUGGUAUCAAAAAGCAAUAAAAAGAAACAAGUGUCUCAGCAGCAGCAGUCGUCGCCGUCGCCGCCGCCGCCAGCCACAUCGACCACAACAUCAACGUCGUCGGCCGAGGCCACGAAGCUUACCAAAAAGCUGGGUCCCGAUGCGUUCGCCACUCUGACCACCAGCAACAGCUCCAGCUCCAUGCAGCACGAAUCGGUGACGUACGGUGGUGAUCCUGUCGGGCCGAGCACUUCGGGUGCUUCUCUGCCAGCGGCUGGAGUGAGGAGCUACAGCAGCCGCAGCCAAAGCAAGAGCAAGGCAUCCCAGUCGCAUUCCUCCUACACAGAGCAAUCUCAGUCCCAGCUGCAGUCCGAGCAGUACAGCAGCAAGAUCUCGCGGGAUUAUGCCAAUCAGAAGAUCAUCUCAUCGAUUGAUCUGCUCGAAAGUGAAAAGAAGGAGCCAGUAUUCUCGGUGCCCAUCGAUGUGGUGGAGAUCACAACGCCCACGCUAUCCGUCUCCGCCAGCGGGGGCAGUGUCUCGAAAAUGUUCACGUCCUCGUCGAUGUCUUCCAGCCAGCAGCAGCAGCAGGCCAGUAGCUCCAGCUCGUACUUUGAAGCCACAACCAGUUCCAGUCGGAGCGCCAACGAAACGCUGAUUGCCAGCGAGAGAGCCGACACGGCUACCGGUAUGACAUCAUCGGGGCCGAGGAAACAGGUUGGCUUCGAUACAAACACCAAGACAGUGACAAACGCCACCACCAGCAACAGCAGCAAUAUCAACAGCAGCAGCACGAGCACAAACAUCAACAUCAACACCAGCGGCAGCCGCAGCAGCAAUGUGAGCGAAUCUCAGAGCGUGCCAAAGCUGCCAAUGAGCGGAACAGCUGAUGCUCCCGCAUCGGUGACGUCGCAAGGCUACCCCGAACCGGUUGCCGUGUCGUCUGGCGCGACCACAACAAAGGCGACGUCAUCGACGCGCCGCAACGAUAAACUGGACGUGGCCAGUGCUAGCACAGCUGUUGAUAGAGCUACGUCAUCGUCGUCGAUGGUCGACCAGAGGUCCACCAAGGAGGUUAGCGAGAGUUCAGUCUUGAAGAGCUCCACCAGCAGCAAGCAGUCGAAGUCGUCGUCCAAGAAGGAAGUGUACGAUGUGAAGACCAAGACCUGGACGGAGUACAGCGAUGGCAGUUCUCAAGGACCGAGUAAGACCCGGCCGACCUUUGAGCGGUAUGUCAGCAAGGAAUCCGAUGGCACCUCCAAAGUAACGUACAAGAAGAAGAUAUACGACAGACGCAACAAUCGGUGGCGCGUGGUGGACGAACGGACGGUGGACAGCACCGCCGACACGGGCUAUCCCGAAAUAGUCGAUGAUGUCAUUAACACAACAAGAACCACAUACACCACCAAGGUGUACGACACGAAGCUCGGCAAGUGGACUGUUGUGGACGAGAAGUCGUUCACUGAUACAAAAGCUUUUGUGCCCAAUGACAUUGCUCGUGAAAUCGAGAAAGAUAAUACCGAUGUUGCAAACAUAACGACUACAACGGAGGUGACGAAGAUUUUCGAUGCGAGCAUCAACGACUGGCGCGUUCUGGACGAGAAGGUGCACACGGAUGUUAUUGAGAAGAUCGUAGAGGCUCCCAAGAAGACCAUUUACGUGGACGAGUUUGUGGAGAUUGAGAAGAACACCUCGAUAUCGGAGAACAACGAAAACAUAACCCUGAACUUGAAGGAGACAUCGAAACACAAAAAUAUUACCGAAAAUAUUUAUGAUGAAAUCGAUUAUGUGCGCACUGAUAAGCAACGCCUAAACGACUCAAGAACCCGAGGAGUUGCAAAAAACAAGUCAACAACACAUAGUGAAAGAUGCAUUUGUGAAAUCUGCACAUGCGGGCGGCACCAUUGCUCAAGCAGUACAACGAAGUCUACAGAAAAUACGGUUAUUCAAACCGAAGAUAACGUUGACGAAGCAUAUGCAAGGAUACGUACAAAUACAUGGUCGAAAGAAGAUAACAUUCCCAAGCAAAACGAAGACAUUCUAGUGGACUAUAUAGUCAUUAAGAAACCAGAAGACAACUUAAGACCUGAGGGAGACUUUAUAGUUCCUCCAAAGGAGCCAUACAAGCCGGGGGAAAAACGUGAAAAGAUUGUGCAUACCGACAACCUCCGUACAGAAGGAGAAAUGACUUUUGUAGAGAAGGAGGAAUACCAAUAUACAGUUCGACCGGGAUACGUUAAGCCUACGGACAAUCUAAAGCCCGAAGGCGAGUUUUACAGUCCGGAAAAACCUAAGUAUCAACCAGGAGAUCGGCCAUCUCAAGUGCGACACCAAGACAAUCUAAAACCAGAAGGCGAAUUUUACACGCCUGAGAAACCAGGAUACGCUCCAGCAGAUCGUCCCACACAAAAAAGGCCGGUUGAUAACCUUAAGCCGGAGGGAGAAUUUGUCUCACCAGAAAAACCCAAAUACACCCCUGCCGAAAGACCUGAAAAAAUAAUAAGAAGUGAUAACUUGAGAACUGAAGGGGAAAUGACAUUCGUGGAGAAAGAGGAAUAUCAAUAUGUUACACGACCGGGACAAGUCAAGCCAACGGAUAACUUAAGACCAGAGGGUUCAUUUUAUAGUCCUGAAAAGGCAAAGUAUCGCCCUGGCGAACGUCCAUCUCAAGUGCGUCCAGUUGAUAAUCUUAAACCAGAAGGUGACUUUUAUACACCCGAAAGACCAGGAUUUGAAUCUGCAGAAAGGCCAGCUCAAAAAAAACCGGAGGACAAUCUUAAGCCAGACGGGGAAUUCGUAAGGCCAGAGAAACAAGUUUACAAGCCUGCCGAUAAAACAGAAAGAAUUAUUCGGAAAGAUAACCUUCGUACGGAAGGAGAAAUGACGUUUGUAGAGAGGGAAGAAUAUCAAUAUGUGGUUCGACCUGACCAGGUUAAACCUUCGGACAAUCUUAAGCCUGAGGGAGAAUUCUACAGUCCCGAGAAACCCAAGUACAAACCCGGCGAAAGACCUUCCCAGGUUAGGCCAGAAGAUAAUCUCCGACCAGAAGGUGAAUUCUACACACCGGAAAAGCCUGGAUUCCGGCCAGCUGAGAGGCCAGAGCAAAAGAAACCAGAGGACAACCUGAAACCCGAGGGCGAAUUCUACAGUCCAGAGAAACCCAAGUACAAGCCCGGCGAAAGACCUUCCCAGGUUAGGCCAGAAGAUAAUCUCCGACCAGAAGGUGAAUUCUACACACCGGAAAAGCCUGGAUUCCGGCCAGCUGAGAGGCCAGAACAAAAGAAACCACAUGACAACCUAAAACCCGAGGGCGAAUUCUACAGUCCAGAGAAACCCAAGUACAAGCCCGGCGAAAGACCUUCCCAAGUUAGACCAGAAGAUAAUCUCCGACCAGAAGGUGAAUUCUACACACCGGAAAAGCCAGGAUUCAGGCCUGCUGAGAGGCCCGAACAAAAGAAACCACAUGACAACCUGAAACCCGAGGGCGAAUUCUACAGUCCAGAGAAACCCAAGUACAAGCCCGGCGAAAGACCUUCCCAGGUUAGGCCAGAAGAUAAUCUGAGGCCAGAGGGUGAAUUCUACACACCGGAAAAGCCUGGAUUCAGGCCAGCUGAAAGACCAGUACAGAAAAAACCACAGGACAACUUAAAGCCGGAAGGUGAAUUCGUGAAGCCUGAGAAGCAAGUAUACAAGCCGGCCGAUAAAACUGAAAGAAUUAUUCGGAAAGAUAAUCUUCGUACGGAAGGAGAAAUGACGUUUGUAGAGAGGGAAGAAUAUCAAUAUGUGGUUCGACCUGACCAGGUUAAACCAUCGGACAAUCUUAAGCCUGAGGGAGAAUUCUACAGUCCAGAGAAACCCAAAUACAAGCCAGGUGAGAGACCUUCCCAGGUUAGGCCAGAAGACAAUCUCAGACCAGAAGGUGAAUUCUACACACCGGAAAAGCCAGGAUUCAGGCCAGCUGAGAGGCCCGAACAAAAGAAACCACAGGACAACCUGAAACCCGAGGGCGAAUUCUACAGUCCCGAGAAACCCAAGUACAAGCCCGGCGAAAGACCUUCCCAGGUUAGGCCAGAAGAUAAUCUGAGGCCAGAGGGUGAAUUUUACACACCGGAAAAGCCUGGAUUCAGGCCAGCUGAAAGACCAGUACAGAAAAAACCAAAGGACAACUUAAAGCCGGAAGGUGAAUUCGUGAAGCCUGAGAAGCAAGUAUACAAGCCGGCCGAUAAAACUGAAAGAAUUAUUCGGAAAGAUAAUCUUCGUACGGAAGGAGAAAUGACGUUUGUAGAGAGGGAAGAAUAUCAAUAUGUGGUUCGACCUGACCAGGUUAAACCAUCGGACAAUCUUAAGCCUGAGGGAGAAUUCUACAGUCCAGAGAAACCUAAAUACAAGCCAGGUGAGAGACCUUCCCAGGUUAGGCCAGAAGAUAAUCUGAGGCCCGAGGGUGAAUUCUACACACCGGAAAAGCCUGGAUUCCGGCCAGCUGAGAGGCCAGAGCAAAAGAAACCAGAGGACAACCUGAAACCCGAGGGCGAAUUCUACAGUCCAGAGAAACCCAAGUACAAGCCCGGCGAAAGACCUUCCCAGGUUAGGCCAGAAGAUAAUCUGAGGCCAGAGGGUGAAUUCUACACACCGGAAAAGCCUGGAUUCCGGCCAGCUGAGAGGCCAGAGCAAAAGAAACCAGAGGAUAAUCUUAAACCCGAGGGCGAAUUCUACAGUCCAGAGAAACCCAAGUACAAGCCCGGCGAAAGACCUUCCCAGGUUAGGCCAGAAGAUAAUCUGAGGCCAGAGGGUGAAUUCUACACACCGGAAAAGCCUGGAUUCAGGCCAGCUGAAAGACCAGUACAGAAAAAACCACAGGACAACUUAAAGCCGGAAGGUGAAUUCGUGAAGCCUGAGAAGCAAGUAUACAAGCCGGCCGAUAAAACUGAAAGAAUUAUUCGGAAAGAUAAUCUUCGUACGGAAGGAGAAAUGACGUUUGUAGAGAGGGAAGAAUAUCAAUAUGUGGUACGUCCUGACCAGGUUAAACCUUUGGACAAUCUUAAGCCUGAGGGAGAAUUUUACAGUCCUGAGAAACCUAAAUACAAGCCAGGUGAGAGACCUUCCCAGGUUAGGCCAGAAGACAAUCUCAGACCAGAAGGUGAAUUCUACACACCGGAAAAGACAGGAUUCAGGCCUGCUGAGAGGCCAGAGCAAAAGAAACCACAGGACAACCUGAAACCCGAGGGCGAAUUCUACAGUCCCGAGAAACCCAAGUACAAGCCGGGCGAAAGACCUUCCCAGGUUAGGCCAGAAGAUAAUCUGAGGCCAGAGGGUGAAUUCUACACACCGGAAAAGCCAGGAUUCAGGCCUGCUGAGAGGCCCGAACAAAAGAAACCACAUGACAACCUAAAACCCGAGGGCGAAUUCUACAGUCCCGAGAAACCCAAGUACAAGCCCGGCGAAAGACCUUCCCAGGUUAGGCCAGAAGAUAAUCUGAGGCCCGAGGGUGAAUUCUACACACCGGAAAAGCCUGGAUUCCGGCCAGCUGAGAGGCCAGAGCAAAAGAAACCAGAGGACAACCUGAAACCCGAGGGCGAAUUCUACAGUCCAGAGAAACCCAAGUACAAGCCCGGCGAAAGACCUUCCCAGGUUAGGCCAGAAGAUAAUCUGAGGCCAGAGGGUGAAUUCUACACACCGGAAAAGCCUGGAUUCAGGCCAGCUGAAAGACCAGUACAGAAAAAACCACAGGACAACUUAAAGCCGGAAGGUGAAUUCGUGAAGCCUGAGAAGCAAGUAUACAAGCCGGCCGAUAAAACUGAAAGAAUUAUUCGGAAAGAUAAUCUUCGUACGGAAGGAGAAAUGACGUUUGUAGAGAGGGAAGAAUAUCAAUAUGUGGUUCGACCUGACCAGGUUAAACCAUCGGACAAUCUUAAGCCUGAGGGAGAAUUCUACAGUCCGGAGAAACCUAAAUACAAGCCAGGUGAGAGACCUUCCCAGGUUAGGCCAGAAGACAAUCUCAGACCAGAAGGUGAAUUCUACACACCGGAAAAGCCUGGAUUCAGGCCUGCUGAGAGGCCCGAACAAAAGAAACCACAGGACAACCUGAAACCCGAGGGCGAAUUCUACAGUCCCGAGAAACCCAAGUACAAGCCAGGCGAAAGACCUUCCCAGGUUAGGCCAGAAGAUAAUCUGAGGCCCGAGGGUGAGUUCUACACACCGGAAAAGCCUGGAUUCCGGCCAGCUGAGAGGCCAGAGCAAAAGAAACCAGAGGACAACCUGAAACCCGAGGGCGAAUUCUACAGUCCAGAGAAACCCAAGUACAAGCCCGGCGAAAGACCUUCCCAGGUUAGGCCAGAAGAUAAUCUGAGGCCCGAGGGUGAAUUCUACACACCGGAAAAGCCUGGAUUCCGGCCAGCUGAGAGGCCAGAGCAAAAGAAACCACAGGACAACCUGAAACCCGAGGGCGAAUUCUAUAGUCCAGAGAAACCCAAGUACAAGCCCGGCGAAAGACCUUCCCAGGUUAGGCCAGAAGAUAAUCUGAGGCCCGAGGGUGAAUUCUACACACCGGAAAAGCCUGGAUUCAGGCCAGCUGAAAGACCAGUACAGAAAAAACCACAGGACAACUUAAAGCCGGAAGGUGAAUUCGUGAAGCCUGAGAAGCAAGUUUACAAGCCGGCCGAUAAAACUGAAAGAAUUAUUCGGAAAGAUAAUCUUCGUACGGAAGGAGAAAUGACGUUUGUAGAGAGGGAAGAAUAUCAAUAUGUGGUACGUCCUGACCAGGUUAAACCUUUGGACAAUCUUAAGCCUGAGGGAGAAUUUUACAGUCCUGAGAAACCUAAAUACAAGCCAGGUGAGAGACCUUCCCAGGUUAGGCCAGAAGACAAUCUCAGACCAGAAGGUGAAUUCUACACACCGGAAAAGCCAGGAUUCAGGCCUGCUGAGAGGCCCGAACAAAAGAAACCACAGGACAACCUGAAACCCGAGGGCGAAUUCUACAGUCCCGAGAAACCCAAGUACAAGCCAGGCGAAAGACCUUCCCAAGUUAGACCAGAAGAUAAUCUGAGGCCAGAGGGUGAAUUCUACACACCGGAAAAGCCUGGAUUUAGGCCAGCUGAAAGACCAGUACAGAAAAAACCACAGGACAACUUAAAGCCGGAAGGUGAAUUCGUGAAGCCUGAGAAGCAAGUUUACAAGCCGGCCGAUAAAACUGAAAGAAUUAUUCGGAAAGAUAAUCUUCGUACGGAAGGAGAAAUGACGUUUGUAGAGAGGGAAGAAUAUCAAUAUGUGGUUCGACCUGACCAGGUUAAACCAUCGGACAAUCUUAAGCCUGAGGGAGAAUUCUACAGUCCGGAGAAACCUAAAUACAAGCCAGGUGAGAGACCUUCCCAGGUUAGGCCAGAAGAUAAUCUGAGGCCCGAGGGUGAAUUCUACACACCGGAAAAGCCUGGAUUCAGGCCAGCUGAAAGACCAGUACAGAAAAAACCACAGGACAACUUAAAGCCGGAAGGUGAAUUCGUGAAGCCUGAGAAGCAAGUUUACAAGCCGGCCGAUAAAACUGAAAGAAUUAUUCGGAAAGAUAAUCUUCGUACGGAAGGAGAAAUGACGUUUGUAGAGAGGGAAGAAUAUCAAUAUGUGGUACGUCCUGACCAGGUUAAACCUUUGGACAAUCUUAAGCCUGAGGGAGAAUUUUACAGUCCUGAGAAACCUAAAUACAAGCCAGGUGAGAGACCUUCCCAGGUUAGGCCAGAAGACAAUCUCAGACCAGAAGGUGAAUUCUACACACCGGAAAAGCCAGGAUUCAGGCCUGCUGAGAGGCCCGAACAAAAGAAACCACAGGACAACCUGAAACCCGAGGGCGAAUUCUACAGUCCCGAGAAACCCAAGUACAAGCCGGGCAAAAGACCUUCCCAGGUUAGGCCAGAAGAUAAUCUGAGGCCAGAGGGUGAAUUCUACACACCGGAAAAGCCUGGAUUCAGGCCAGCUGAAAGACCAGUACAGAAAAAACCACAGGACAACUUAAAGCCGGAAGGUGAAUUCGUGAAGCCUGAGAAGCAAGUAUACAAGCCGGCCGAUAAAACUGAAAGAAUUAUUCGGAAAGAUAAUCUUCGUACGGAAGGAGAAAUGACGUUUGUAGAGAGGGAAGAAUAUCAAUAUGUGGUACGUCCUGACCAGGUUAAACCUUUGGACAAUCUUAAGCCUGAGGGAGAAUUUUACAGUCCUGAGAAACCUAAAUACAAGCCAGGUGAGAGACCUUCCCAGGUUAGGCCAGAAGACAAUCUCAGACCAGAAGGUGAAUUCUACACACCGGAAAAGACAGGAUUCAGGCCUGCUGAGAGGCCCGAACAAAAGAAACCACAGGACAACCUGAAACCCGAGGGCGAAUUCUACAGUCCAGAGAAACCCAAGUACAAGCCCGGCGAAAGACCUUCCCAGGUUAGGCCAGAAGAUAAUCUGAGGCCCGAGGGUGAAUUCUACACACCGGAAAAGCCUGGAUUCCGGCCAGCUGAGAGGCCAGAGCAAAAGAAACCAGAGGACAACCUGAAACCCGAGGGCGAAUUCUACAGUCCAGAGAAACCCAAGUACAAGCCCGGCGAAAGACCUUCCCAGGUUAGGCCAGAAGAUAAUCUGAGGCCAGAGGGUGAAUUCUACACACCGGAAAAGCCUGGAUUCCGGCCAGCUGAGAGGCCAGAGCAAAAGAAACCACAGGACAACCUGAAACCCGAGGGCGAAUUCUACAGUCCAGAGAAACCCAAGUACAAGCCCGGCGAAAGACCUUCCCAGGUUAGGCCAGAAGAUAAUCUGAGGCCAGAGGGUGAAUUCUACACACCGGAAAAGCCUGGAUUCAGGCCAGCUGAAAGACCAGUACAGAAAAAACCACAGGACAACUUAAAGCCGGAAGGUGAAUUCGUGAAGCCUGAGAAGCAAGUAUACAAGCCGGCCGAUAAAACUGAAAGAAUUAUUCGGAAAGAUAAUCUUCGUACGGAAGGAGAAAUGACGUUUGUAGAGAGGGAAGAAUAUCAAUAUGUGGUUCGACCUGACCAGGUUAAACCAUCGGACAAUCUUAAGCCUGAGGGAGAAUUCUACAGUCCGGAGAAACCUAAAUACAAGCCAGGUGAGAGACCUUCCCAGGUUAGGCAUGAAGACAAUCUCAGACCAGAAGGUGAAUUCUACACGCCGGAAAAACCAGGAUUCAGACCUGCUGAAAGACCAGUACAGAAAAAGCCAGAUGACAACUUAAGGCCGGAAGGAGACUUUUACAGUCCAGAAAAGCAACCUUACAGGCCUGGAGAACGUCCAACGCAAGUUCGACCUGAGGAUAACUUGAGACCCGAAGGGAGAUUCUUUGCUCCUGAAAAGCCAGGAUAUAAGGCAGGAGAUCGACCGGUACCUAAGAAACCUGUUGAUAAUCUAAAGACUGAAGGCGAAUUCUUUACUCCCGAUCGACCAAAAUAUCAACCAGCCGAUCGAGUAACUGUUGUAAGGCAGAAAGAUAACUUGAAGGUGGAAGGAGAAUUCUACGUUCAAGAAAAAGAGGUCUUUAAACCAGCUGAAAGGCCUAAACAGAAAAAACCUCAUGAUAACUUAAAACCAGAGGGCGAUAUGGUUAUACCAGAAAAGGACAAAUAUAAGCCUGCCGAUAAGGUGACAAGAGUUAUUCAUAAGGACAACCUUCGUAGUGAAGGAGAAAUGACUUUCACGGAAAAAACUGAGUACCAUCAUGUUGUUAGACCCACCCCAGUGAAGCCAGAAGAUAACCUGCGGACCUCUGGUAAACUUUACGUACCUGAAAAGCCCGGUCAUACGAAUGGUGAACGCCCCGAGCCGGUUAAGCCUAAAGACAAUUUGAAACCAGAAGGAAUUAUGUAUACCCCGGAAAAACCAAAAUAUGAGCCCGCUUCCCGUCCAGAGCAGAAGAAGUAUGCCGACAACUUGAAACCUGAGGGUAAGAUGCACAUUCCCGAGAAGGAUGGGUACCGGCCUGCCGAUAAGGUGAAGACGGUUAUUAGAAAGGAUAAUUUAAGAACCGAGGGCGAAAUGACGUUCACCCAGAAGGAAGAAUACCACCAUGUUAAACGACCGGAGCAAGUAAAGCCAAGUGAUAACCUAAAGGUCGAAGGUGAGUUUUAUACUCCCAAUAAAACUUCCUUUACACCCGCUGAGCGACCAAUUCAGAAGAAACCAAAAGACAAUCUUAAGCCGGAAGGAGAGUUUUAUAAGAGAACAGACCGCAGCGAGACCGAUAGCAAGAUAGUUACAGAAACCGUUAAGAGAGAAACGCCAAAACGUCCUGUUGACAAUCUCAAGCUAGAAGGGUCUAUGACGGUAACCAGAAGAAAUGACUACAAAAGUACGGCGAACACAACGGUCGAUAAAGUACAACGUACUCAAAAAAUCAACCACAAUAGUUCAUCUAUUACUUUGGGAAGUGACACCACAAUCCGAAAAACAACAAAUCAGAUGAACUAUGUGUCUGGCAAGGACGCUGUCAAACAAGUCGAUUCGAACGGCCAAAAUCCGGUUGACGGUCUCAUUGUUGUAUCCACAACAAAGGUAACUACUGUCAUAGGAGGGCGUCAUAAGAAGGAACCAGAAACCGAGUAUGUCAAGAGGCCCGCUAAGAUAAACGUAAUAGAAAAUGUUGCGAAGAAUACUACCACGACAAACAUCGAAAACACUCAGAACAUUCAUAAGGAAUCCACGUCCUUGCAAAGAAAUCAACAGGUCAUAAAAGGUUCUGCUUUAACUACGGAAAGGAUCACGGAUACGGAUGUAUCCAGUACCGCUAUUGAAUCUAAUCGUAGACAUUUAACCGAUAAGAACACUGGCGACAUAACCUCAAGAGUUAUUUCCGGUGGCUCAGUCUCCAAUAACGUAACGGGCGAUACAUCGUCUCGCGUGAUUUCUGGCAGAAAUGUUACGUCUAACAUCACUGAGAAUUCGACUUCACGUGUGGUGUCAGGCAGAAACGUAUCCAGUGAUGCAUUUGGCGAAACCACCACUCGUGUUGUAACCGGAAGAUCGGCCUCGAAUAACAUUACCGGCGAUACAGCAAGCCGGGUUCUGUCUGGAAGCACAGUUGGACAUAACAUCAGCGAAGAUUCAACAUCGCGAACGGUCUCAGGGGGUAGAACUUCUGCCAACAAUAUUGUAACUGGAAGCACAUCGUCGCACAUGACCACUUCAAAGCAUUUCCAUCAUCGAAAGAGCGAAUUCUCGUCAGAAGCCGACGUCUCCAACACGGUCUUCCAUCGCAAGAACGUAACCACCGAUUCGAAUACAGCCAAUGGCAGCCUGACGUCCAAUGGAAAGAUGCAGCGCAAGAGCAUACUGAAUCUACACGAGCAGCCCUCGAGCACCACCACCUAUGGUGGGGAGCGUCAGAGUUACAGCAGCAUCCAUCGCCAAAAUCGCGACUCAGACGCAAAUGCAACUUUUUCGACCGAGCGUCGCACCUGCAACGUGCACAAAGAGAACCGGGAGCACAACGUGAAGAACUCGUCCUCAAUGACCCGCAUUAUUUCUGGUGGAACCAGCGGCUCGAAUGCCGAACGGUCAACGGUGACACGCAGCCAAGUUUCGGGUGGUGGCGGCAUUGAUUUUUCGUCUCAAUCUCAUUCCCACACCGGAAGCCAUACCAGCCGACACCGAGGAAAUCAGCAGGUGUCCAGCUUAGGCGGUGGCAUCGAUUUCCCCUCCUACAGUGCCCAUGGCCAUGGCACCGAGCGUGUGGUCACCCGUCGCGGAAAUCAGUCCUCAAUUAGUCUGGGCAAUGAAAAGUUCACCGGCUCCAGUUUGUACAAGAGCGAAUACAUAACUGCCCCAAAAACGACGUGUGCUGUGCAUAAGAUUAAACAAGGUGCAUUCCAACAUACAAGGAGUACUCAAGAACACAAGUUCUUCAAGACCUCAAACUAACACAGCCCGACUAUGAGUAUAUACAUAUCCUUUGCUUUACUAACACAAAAAUCCCAUAUUAAUGAUAGGCUAAGCUUCCAUGACAAUAUACGUUUUAUACAAUAUACAAACCAAUCCGAAAAUGAAUAUUAACAAUAAAGACAACAUUUUUAAAUCGA